UGAUGUUGACCUAGAGGCUCUUGUGAAUGAUAUGAAUUCGUCACUUGACAGCUUGUACUCUACAUGCAGCAGGGUAUCUGAAUCUGUGCCACUUCUUAAAAAUGGUCAGCUUAAUCAAAGCCAGCUAUCAAACUCAGGAACCAAUACUCUUCCGUCCAUGCAACAGAGACAGAAGAUGCAACGCUCCCAACCAAUGCAAAUACAAGCAGUCAGACGUCUACAGGAGGAACAACUGCGCACAUCAUCUUUGCCAGCAAUUCCAAAUCCAUUUCCAGAGCUUUGCACACCUGCAGGUUCUCCAGUACUUGCACCAGGAUCAUUACCUCAAAAUCAGCCUGCCAGCAAAAGAAGUGUGGUUAAAGUCUUUAGUGAAGAUGGGACAAGCAAAAUGGUGGAGAUUCUAGCAGACAUGACAGCCAGGGACUUCUGCCAGGUGCUGGUUUACAAAAGUCAUUGUGUGGAUGAUAACAGCUGGACGCUGGUGGAGCACCACCCUCACCUAGGAUUAGAGAGAUGCCUUGAAGACCAUGAGCUUGUAGUACAAGUCCAAUCUGUGAUGUCAAGUGAAUGCAAAUUUCUGUUCAGGAAGAAUUAUGCAAAAUAUGAAUUUUUUAAAAAUCCGGUGAAUUUCUUUCCAGAACAGAUGGUUUCUUGGUGUCAACAAUCAAAUGGUAGCAUUCCUCAAUCUGAUUUAUUGCAGAAUUUCUUGAAUGCCAAUAGUUGUCCAGAAAUACAAGGCUUCUUGUAUGUUAAAGAUCUAGGAAAGAAGUCAUGGAAGAAACUUUUCAUUUGUCUGAGAAGAUCUGGACUUUAUUGCUCUACUAAAGGAACCUCAAAGGAACCAAGACACUUACAGGGAAUUUCAGACUUAGAAGAUAGCAAUAUUUAUUCACUGAUAUCCUGUAAGAAGCUGUAUAAUGCACCAACAGAUUUUGGAUUCUGUGUCAAGCCCAACAGAGUUCGGACUGAUAUUAAAGACCUGCGAUUUCUGUGUGCAGAAGAUGAACAAAGUAGGACAUGUUGGAUGACUGCAUUCAGACUUUUAAAGUAUGGUGUGCUGCUCUAUCAAAACUACAGAAUUCCUCAACAGAAAAGUCUGCAAACAAACUUCUCGGCACCGGUGGGUUCCUCCUGUUUUAGAAGUGUAUCAGAAAAUUGCUUAGUUGCCAUGGAUUUCUCUGGGCAGACAGGGAGGGUUAUCGAAAAUCCUUUAGAAGCACAAAGUGCUGCAGUCGAAGAAGGUCACGCGUGGAGGAAACGCAGUUCACGGAUGAAUGUUUUAGGAAGCCAAAGUCCACUUCAUCCUUCUACACUUAGCACAGUUAUUCAUAGGACACAACCUUGGUUCCAUGGUAGAAUAUCUAGAGAGGAAUCGCAAACGAUCAUUAAACAACAAGGGCUUGUGGAUGGACUUUUUCUCCUACGAGACAGUCAAAGUAAUCCAAAGGCAUUUGUGCUUACACUGUGUCAUCACCAGAAAAUAAAGCAUUUCCAGAUUUUACCUUGUGAAGAUGAUGGGCAAUUGUUCUUUAGCCUUGAUGAUGGCAAUACCAAAUUCACAGAUUUAAUUCAGCUUGUUGAGUUUUAUCAGCUAAACAAAGGAGUCCUACCUUGCAAGCUCAAGCACCACUGCAUCAUAGUGGCCUUAUGACAUUCAAGAAAAGACUAUUUGGAAACCGUAAUGCUGGGAUGACCGUGUUAUGAUGGGGGGUAUAGAGUUUUGUGUUUAAACGUGCACCUUCUGACUCUGGAUUAAUUAACUGGUGCCAAUUUAUCACAAUUGGCUGGUUUCUUGCAGAUCAGCCAAGCACCUCCCAUGCUUUUAUCUAAUUAGAUGGGGUGGUUUGUAGACUGAAAAACUUAAAUUCAAAACGGCUGGAAAUGUUUAGGCUGGGCUGCUUUCCAGAAAAAAAAAAGCCUUGAACAAUAUUCUUGCAAAUGAUUGGAAGAUUGCUUAGCAAGAAAAGGGUGGGAAUAAGGACUAUUGCCCUGGAAUAAUCUUGACAAGACUGGUGUGUUUACUUUUUUUAAAAAUUGAAAUACAUUUUUG